GCGUGUUGGGGUGGACGGAACGUGGUACAUUUCAAAAAAAGUGCAUCUGGAAUCUGUGAUGGUGUCAUCACCGCAUUACAACUAUUAUUAUUCUGACGAGAUUUACUCGGACGGUUAAAUGAUUCUCGUGUCUUCUUUGACAAUGUAACCGUGCAAAAAAAUAGUUCAGUGCAGCAUUAUAAAAAUAUUACAGCACUUAAAAAAAAGUGCAAACUAACUUGCUCUUGUCUUGUGUGAGUGUUGUCAAGAUAUUUUAUUAUGAAAAAUAGAGUGAUAUACGAUGCGACUCUCAAAUUGAAUCAAACGGAGAUUAAAUGCUAAAUCUGAAUCUACGUCUUCAACAUUUGGACAUUUUGCGAAAAUGCAAGCGACCUUGGAUGCAGUAUGGCUUCAGUAUUCUGGCACGCCUCUGGGAGUAGUUUCGUUUCACUUGCCUCCAUCUUCCUCCUAUUACUCUGUCCGCUUGCUAUUACAGCCCACGAGAUAAUUGAGGUGCCACAACUGCAGUUCACGUCACUGCCGCCGCCACCACCACCGGGAGCUUUCACCUCUGCUAAAACAUCAAGGUGUGACCAGAGGUUCAUAAGCAUCCCCGAUGGACCGCAAAAUGGAACGUUUCAUGCACCUAAUAUGACAAUUCUCGAUGGAGAGACAAGGCAGUGUGUUUAUACAUUUUUCGCAGGACCACAGCAAAGAGUGGAACUUGUUUUUGAUACAUUUGGUCUUCGAGGCAAGCCACCAGAUUGUGUUCACGAAUACAUGGAUGUAUACACAGAAAUACGAUCGGAUAAUGCGAGUAAGCUGAUAGAUACUCCUUUCGGAGGACGAUAUUGUGGCCCAAUUCCACCCAGGAAGAGAGUUUCCCUAUACCAGGGAAUAGCACUUAGCUUCUAUACAGACAAAAAUAUAACCUUGUCUACUCUCUUUAGCGGCUGGUAUUCAUUUAUAAACGCCUCUGAAUAUGAAAUUGGAACACCUCUGCCCAGUCUACCAUGUUCUUUUAUAAUAAAUUCAACUAUAAAGCGCACUGGGAAUAUUUUGUCUCCCACGUAUCCGGGAACGUAUCCGAAAGAUCUUAUUUGUACUUAUCAGUUUAUUGGAAUACCUGGACAAAGAAUACGUUUAGAAUUUCGUGAUUUCGACCUUUUCUUUGGAGGUCUUCACUGCCCAUUUGACUAUGUAAAAGUAUAUGAUGGCUUAAAUAUUUCGUCAGCGGUGAUAGGAACCUACUGUGGACAGCAAAGAAAUUUAGUCUUGUAUUCAUCCGAAUCUGUUUUAUUUGUUGUAUUCUCAACACUCCAAAGAACAGCAAAUACACAAAAUCGAGGAUUCAAAGGGAUAUUUGAAUUUUCAGAGAGUUUUGUAAAAUUAGAUUUCAUACUUAAUUUUGAAGGGCAACACAUUAGAGGCACAGAGUGCGAUCAAAAAAUUUUAAGUAAAAAGGAAUCUUCAGGGUAUGUUGUCGGUCCCAAUUAUCCAUUUCCUUACAUUCCGAAAGUAGUUUGUCGAUAUUUCAUUUAUGGAAUGCAAGAUUUUCAACACCUCGAACGAGUGAGAUUGGAAUUUUCUAUAUUCUCCAUUCCUAUAAAGCCUUCGAAUAACACCGAAACAACAUGUACAGACGGAUAUUUAAAAAUAUAUUUAAAGGGUCAGGAAGCAACUGAUUCUUACGAUAAAUUUGACCAUGAAUUGUGUGGAAUGAAUACUAUUCCUCCAAAUGUGGUUAGCGAUGGUCCGCGACUAGUUAUGGUCUUCAGCAGCGGAGAAUUGCAAGGAAUAGGCUUUAAAGCAAAAUACACAUUUGAAACGGAGUACAAGAUACCUGGUACUGCAGAGCCUGACGGCAGUUGUACAUUUACGUAUCGCAGUUCCUCACGUAAAAAGGGAGAAUUCAAUUCUCCACGUUAUCCUAGUAAUUAUCCAAGCGACACAAACUGUACUUAUAAUUUCUUAGCAACUCCUAACGAACAAGUGACGUUAAUUUUCGAUCAUUUCAAAGUGAAAACGAAAAAUGCCAACAUAACUGUCGGACAUUAUGGACUUGACCUUUGCCAAGACGAUUGGGUAGAGGUUUAUAACAUGUAUCAAGAUAAUACCGAAAAAUUAAUAGGAAGGUAUUGUGAAAUGACAGCACCAGGACCUGUGGAAUCAAAUCUUGGUGCACGGGGAUUAAAAGUAAUUCUCCACUCCGAUUCUGAACUCGUGUACAGCGGCUUUAAAGCACGAUAUAUUUUUGAAAAUACCAAAUCGAUUUUUGGAGAUUGUGGAACAAAUAUCAGUAGUUUGGAUUAUGGAGUAAUUACGAGUCCCAAUUUUCCAAAUAACUAUGAUGGUCCUGCAAAAAAUCUAGCUAGUAAAACAUGUAAUUGGUUCAUAAGUGUGAAACCAAAUCAUCAAAUACUUUUGAAUUUUGAGCUUUUCUCUGUGGAAGGAGACCAAAUAAACCGAGGUUGUCCAGCUGCUGUGUUACGUAUGUGGUUUUCGAUUUUGAAUUCACCACUCGAAUUAUGUGGUGUUAAGAAUCCUGAGGAACAUUGGUUUUAUCUCUCGGAAAACAACAAUAUGCGUUUAAGUUUCAUAGCGGCAGCGAAAGCAGUUGGCCAGACUGGAUUUCGAGCAGUGUGGACGGAAGUGAUAACGGACACCGAUUGCCAACACCAAUUCCUUUGCAGUAAAAACAAAUACUGCAUUUCCUCAUCCUUACGAUGCAAUGGCAUUGAUAAUUGUGGACCAGAUGACCUGUCGGACGAAGAAAACUGUCGUGUGGAGGUUCCCGAAGAUAACUACGCGGUUCCAGCGAGCUGUGCUGUCAUUGCCGUCCUCAUAGCUCUAAUACUCUGCUUUCUGUGUCAUCGAAAGUUGAAGAGACGCGUUCCAGAAGUACCCAUCGACGAUUUGCAACAACGUGUCGAGGAUCGACAUCACUGUUAUCAUCAUCAUCAUCACAAUCUCUUGCACCAUUAUCAGACUCAGAGCCACAGUCACAAUUUUAAUCAGUACCAAAUUCAGGAGCCGAGCCCACCCAGCGAGAGCGAAGGGGAACAAGAGCAUGUGUGCGGCGACGAUGCGAGUAGUCCCGACAGCGUGUGACCGUGGAUGCUUGCAACGUGGUAUAAAACGCUACGACCCUCGCACUCUCCCACGUUGCUUCCUGGACUACUUCUUCUUUGCAAUUUGUUAUUGUUGUUAUUUUUAUCGCUGCCUAACGGAGGCAGUUUAUUUACCGUCCCCAACAUCCAUCGUCAUAUUCGUCAACGAACUAUACCCGAAAUCAAUUAAUAAAUGCAAAAUUUAUAGUAUACGUAUAUCAAAUUUUAUUUUAUAUUAAUUAUUGUAAUUAUAUUAUUUUCCCAUGUGUGGCUCAUUCAUAUUAAACUACGUUAUCGAUUUACAGUGUAGAAUUUUAGUUAUAUUUAAGGGACGUUUCACGUGAGAUUUUCAUUCAAAGUUUAUUUUUUACUGGAACAUUUUUUUCGAAAUCUUUAUGAAUAUGUUUUUCUCUGUCGUAGUAACAGCUAAAAAAUAAUAUUAUCUAUAUAUGAAAUUUGUUCGAUUUUUCUUCAAUAUUUUAAAUACUCUCUAAAUCUGAAUUAGUAAAAGUGUUUAACAAUUUCAAUUAGUGACUCACUUUUUGCUUUAAAAUUAGUAAAAUUUUACUAAUUAUUAGUAACUUUUAGUAACAAUUAGUAAAAUUUAACUAAUUCUAAAGCAAAAAGUGAGUCACUAAUUUAAAUUAGUAAACAUUUUUACUAAUUCAGAUUUAGAGAGUAUAUUGAUUGAUUUUUGAAAUUUUUUUUAAUCCAGUCUCCGAUAAAUAAAGAACUUUUUCCCAUACAUACGAAAAAGGAAAAAGUUCCUUAUUUAUCAGAAACUGGAUUUUAAAAAGCUUUCAAACAUCGAUAAUAUCGGUUCCCAAAUAGCAUGUAACCUUGCCAUGCAAUAUUGACAACCUUGCACGGCAAACUUGCCGCAAGCUUCAAAUGUGUCACCUGACCCUAGCUUGCAUGGUAAGCUUACCGAAAGAUUGCAGUGUAAGGAUACUGCAAGAUUUCUCAGUAAGCUUGCACGGUAAGCUUGUAGCAAGGUUGAUGCAAGGUUUCCAAAUAACCUUGCUUUAAAUCUAAAAAAUUUUUUUUUAAUUUUUCGUCAAAUUUAUAUAAUUUUAUUAUUUAAAUUAGACGAAACAUUUUUUUUUAAAAUUUUUUAGGUUUAAAGCAAGGUUAUUUGGCAACCGUGCAUCAACCUUGCUACAAGCUUACCGUGCAAACUUACUGAGCAAUCUUGCGAUAAUCAAUGUGAGUUGAAAGUAAAUCUUAAGAAAUCGAGAAGUUGACAAAACGUAGUUUAUGAAUGAGCCCCGAGUUUAAGUAAAAUCAAGUAAAAUUUUUUUUUAAAUGAGCUUUUCUUUCUGAUUCCAAUAGUGUAGAUUUCCAUGAGUAUUUUGCAAUAAGAAAAAAUGAAAUUUUUUUUCAGACCACAGUAUUGAAUCUUUGUCUACAUAAACUUUAAAAAAGCUUUUAAAUUUCAGAAAAAGAACAUAAGUAAAUACCCUUAUUUCCUUCAUUUGGUCAAUUACAAGAUGAAUUUUAUUAAAAAUGGCUUCACGGGUAUUUUUGGUUCAUUUAAUUAUUUAAUAUUUAUAAAUAAUGUAAUAUACUCAGGGAGCUUAACAGUAUUGGAAUUUAAUAAGCAAAUUUUAAAUAUCUUGGAAUUUAUUUUUAUUAUUUUGUAUUGGAAUUCUUUAUGUUUUUCUUUACAUAAAAUAAUUUGAAUUAAUAUAUCAUUGUAAUGAUUCUGUAAUUAUAAUAUUCUAAAGUUAACAAUUGGGAUAAACCGAAUAAAUUAAAAGUCAUUUUAUUUAAAUAAUUGAAAUAAAGCGUGGGCUGGUGUUUUGAUACUGUUUAUGUGAUAAAAAGAUAAAAAUAUAUACGUAUAUUAUAGUGAAUAAAAUUCAUUUUUUUACCAUUAUAACAAAAUUGCAAAUAUAGAAGUGAUCGUAAACUUCUAAUACAUAUUUAAAUAUUGAACUUGAAGAGUAAAUAAAAUUAUAUAUAUAUUUAUUCAAAAACUUUCUUAAGUUAUUAUUAAAAUUAACAAUUAUUUUUUAUUUAAAAGAUUUGAAGCAUUAUGAAUAUUGUUUAAUAAUAAUAUUUUUUACACAACAUUGAGAAAUAAUAAUAUUAUUCUUCCUAAAGAAAUACUUCCGAGAUCCUAUAAUAAUUUACAUCUUUUUAAUGUCAUUUUUAAAUAGCCACGAAGAGAGUGAGAGAGAGAGAGAGAGAGAGAGAGAAAACUUUUUAAUAUAAAUUCAAAGUACAUUCUUUACUAACUUGCUUUUUAAUUUCUAUAAAGCCGGCAAAAAGUUUCAAUCUGAACUGUGUGCAUGAAUUUCAAUAUAUAACAGUCGAUCGCUACAAUGUGCUAUGUAUGUUACAUUUGACUAAAUUGCCUUACAUGAAAAACGUACCUUGAAAUUGUACGAUUAUGUUUCUAAUGCAAGCAAAGUAAAUGGGACUACUGGCACUAUAUACAGGUAUACCUGACUUUGAAGCUGAAAACGAAUAUUCGCUUUAAUUUACAGUGAUAAUUGUAUUUGUAUAAUUUAAAAUAUAGAAUUUAAAUAAAUAAUAUUUAAAUUAAUAAUAAUAAUAAUAAUUUGAAAAAUAAUUUUUUAAAUCAUUACAAAAAAAUUUUGGAAAGUUUAUUAAGAAAAAAUUGAAGACAUAACUUUGAACCAUUAAAAAUUUCUGAGAUUAAAGCAGUUCAACCCCUUGACAUAACCUCAAACUAAAAAUUGGUUUUAUUACCAAAUAGAACUAUAUUCAGAAAAAAUUUGUUUGAAUCAAUCUAAUAAAUGUAUACCUAUACAGUUAACCAAACUUUUGGUUGAAUCAACCACUUAAAAUCAACUCUUCAGUUUGAGGUUAUGUAAAUGGGUUGAACAUAACCUAAAAAUCAUGACAACUUAUCUUAAUGAUUAAAAUAUAUCGAAACUAAACUAUGAAAUUAAAAAGUUAUUUUAUAAAUAUCGAUAAUAUUUUAAAAAUUGGACAUUUUUUUGCGAAGAACAACAAAAAUCAAAGCGAAUAAUUGAUUUUGUAGUACAAGCUCAGUAUAUCUGCCAUUGUUUCCUACCGAAACGGCUCCUUGGAAGCUCACUGAAAACGCAUUCAAGUAAUAAGUUUUCAGGAAGUUUUCAGUGAGCUUCUAGAGAAUUAUUUCUAUCGGUAGGGUUUUGUAAAAGGUGAAUUUUUAGUAAAUUUCACGUACACUGAUAAAGAAAAGACUCAGUGUACAUAAUACGUAUUUGUAUAAUCUAAGACAAUUAACGAAUACUGGAAAGAAAAUAAUAUACGCUUAUAAAUUUGUAUAAAAUUUUAAAUUCGUGUUACUCUAAAGUCGCAGCUCAGUGUAACGUCACUUGAAUAUAUUGUAAAGGCCAAAAAUGACUCAAUCGAUGGGUUUAUACGCUACAUACCUACUCUAAAAUAAAUAGCGCUGUUUCGAUUCAACUUUAAAUUUUAACAAAUGUAUUUAGUAUACGCAAUUAACAAAAAUUUUACAUUCAAAUUUAUUUUUUUAACAAUUUUUUUUUUUAUUACAAAAUCUUAUAUCUCAGAAUUUUUAUAGUUUUUUUUCGUUAUUAUAAAACUCAUUUUUGUAAAAGAUCAAUGUUUAUUUAAUAGGGUUAUCUUCAAGUUUCUCAAAGAAUACAUUUUUUACAAAUUAACACUCAAAAUAUUAAAAGAAAAAAAAAAUUUUUAAGAGUUUUUCUUUAUGCAUGUGCAUACGCAGCAAAAUUUCUCAACUUUUCCUACAAUAAAUUAUAUAAAAACAAAUUUGGAUCGGCCUGAUCUGGAAACUUUUUUUUUGAGGUGGGAGAGUUACAGUUGAGGAAUUUUGACCCAUACACAUACAUAUAUUAUAUAUAAAUUGUUAUCAUUACAUUUAUAGAUAUACAUAUUGUACAUAAUUAGUUUAAUAAAUUACACUUGCCUGCAUGUGAAUAGUUUGAGACAUUUUUCAUAAUGAAAAAUCUUUUGGGGAAAUUAUAAUAUCGCAUUCCAUUCAGAGAAAAAAAGUUGAAAUUUGCAGGCCAGUGUUAUAUCUUUAUAUAUCCAGCUUUUGUUAGAACUGCAACGAAAACAUCUAAAAAAAAGUUUAAAAAACUACAUGUUUCCUUAUUUUUCAUUUGGAUCUCUCUAAAUCUAAAUUCGUAAAAGUGAGCUACUACUUUAAAUUAGAGGCAUUUUACGUGUAAUGCCUUGAGUUAAAAAAUUGAUUUCUCGAAAAAAAGUGAAACUUAGGGAAAUUGUUGUCCUAUUUGAUAGUAAAAUAAACCCAAAAAAAUUUUUUACUUUUUUGAAAUUUUGGGGAAGAUAGAGGCGGGUCAAUUUUAUCAGUUUUCCCUGACACUGCCUACUAUUUGAAUUUUUUCUGUCUAUAAAUGCAAUAAAAAAAAUUUUGGCAGGUGUGUUUUUUGAAGGUUUUUUUUUCACUAAAAUCGAUGUGAUUUUUUUUUAAAUAAAUAAUUGCAAACGUAAGCUGAGGUUUUUCCAAUAUGUAUAUAAAUUUUCAGAAUGCCGAUUUUUUUUGUUUUCGAUAUAUUAAAUGUCAAAGAUUUUAUGUCCGCGCCCCAACUGGGAUUUCCUAAAGUGAAGUUUAUUCGAAAUUACUGUUACAUAUCAGUAAAAAUUAAAAAACAUCAAUAUUUUUUAAACAAUUAGUAUUACAAACAAAUUUAGUUACAGUAGAAACUUAUAUUUCAUGACAUAAAUAAAUAAAUUACAAAAAAUUGGUUAAAAGUUUAAUAAUUUUUAACUACAAUUUUUAAAAUAAUUUAUUCAACUAAAUUAUUAUUUAUUUAUAUAAAUUUUAUUAUUAUACUAUACAUUAAAAGUAUACCAUUAAUUAAUUGCAAUUUUUAUUAAUCUACCCCGUCAUCUAAUUACUGUAUGAUAUUUACUUUCAAUUUCUCAUAUGCGUUAGUUAGCGUAGUUGGUUAAAGCGUUAGGUUGUAGGUUCGAAUCCCGUUGGGUGUUAGAGAAUUUAUUUCAUAAGUUUGCGUUAAUUGUAAGGUACAUCUAUUAAAUAUGACAAAUUCGAAAAAUAUGCGAUUCAUGUACCUUAAUAACCUAUUUUUUAUAAAUAUUAUAUCCACUUAUCUAACACUCAGAAUAUUUGGGCAUAAAUGGGGUCACUUUAAGAAUUUUCUGGGAUUUGUAUGAACAUUAAAAAAAUCUGAAAAUCUACAUUUAUUGCGCCGUAAUAAUAAAUAUUUAUUUUAGUUGAAAAUUAUAUAUAUGCAUUAUUUUAACAAUUAGAAUAUUUAGCUAUAAAUAGGCUAAAUUUAGAAUUUUCCAACCUUGGUAAUUGAUUGGAAUCAUCGUUACAAGCCAAGUUUGGGCGUUCUUUGGGAAGGCCCAUUUUGGACAUUGGGAAACCCAAUCUGGGACAGAUUGGCGCCCAGUCAACUUUUCCACACGGAUAGUAGCUCACUUUUCACUAAUUCAAAGUUAGAGGGGAAUUAAAAAAAAUUGUUUGGAUAAAACAUA